CAACCUUGUGCCGCCGCGCCGGCGGCCGUCAUGUGCAAGGCGAGCGGCCUCGCGUCGGGCGCAAAGCCCGCCGCCGCCAGCACCAUCGACCAGAGUGCGGGCCUUGGCAGGGUAGCCGUCAUCGUGGGUUCCUUCACGGCCGCAAUGUGCUACGCCCUGCAGCCUCUGGACUCGCCGGGCACGAUCUACCACGACUCGGCGGUGAUGGGUGCCCUGCUCUCCUGGCCGAUGGUGUACAUCGCGCCGCUGGCUUACGUGUGCGCGGUCAUGGCGGGGUGCCGCCUCAUGUCGCAGCGCGCAUCCAUCAAGCCGUUCCUAAAGCAGUAUGUCCAGCCUGUCUACAACGUCUUUCAAAUUGUCAUGUGCUCCUACAUGGUGUGGGGGCUCGCGCCCAAGGUG